UCUCCCACACACACGCGCACGCUUGCAUCUCGCUGCUGCCAUUGGAGCCACUCAAAAUCUCCCUCCCCCUUCCCCUUCCCCUUCUCGUCACACAAGCAGCUGCUCAGGAGCGCCCAAUUGGAAGCUUCUACAUGGAGCAGGAGCACCGCUGCUCGUAGGAGGAGGCCGGAGACGACGACGACGACGCUGAAGAAGGCGAAGGAGAAUCAGCCCAAGAAAGAUAGCCAUGGCUUUCCUCCUCCCCAAGCUCACCACGCCGACCUGCAAGUCGCCGCCGAGCCCGCUCAAGUCGCAACUCGGCCUGCCGGGCGGCGGCGGCGGAGGCGGGAAGCUCCACGGCGUCGGCUCGGCGCAGGCCAUGGCCCCGAGCCACCUCAACCUCCUUCUCCUCCUCGGCGCGUCGCAGCAAGAAACCGCCCGCGCGGCGGCCGCCGCCGCCUCCUCCUCCGUCCCGACGUCCAAGGCGACGGACACCAAGAGCCGGAGCAAGAACGGCGGCCGGAACGGCGGGGACCCGCAAAGGUCGGAUUUUUACCUCAACCUUGGGACGGCGGUGCGCACGCUGCGCGACGAUCUGCCGGCCGUGUUCGUCCGGGAACCCAACUAUGAUAUCUACCGUGAAGAUAUCACAUUUGUCGAUCCACUGAACACUUUCCAUGGAAUCGACAACUACAAGACAAUCUUCUGGGCUCUCAGAUUCCAUGGACGUCUACUAUUCCGUGAGAUUGGGCUGGACAUAACGCGAAUUUGGCAACUGACAGAGAACUCGAUAGUUGUCCGGUGGGAGCUGUGGGGAACCCCGCGUGUCCCGUGGGAAUCGUAUGGCUGCUUCAGUGGCACCUCAAGAUACAAGGUUGACAGGAAUGGGAAGAUAUACGAGCACAAAGUCGAUAAUUUGGCACUGGACUUUCCCCGGCCAGUAGCCAAAGUGGGCAGCAUUGCUGACAUAGUAGUUGCCACAUACCCACCGAGCCCCAAUCUGACAUUCUGGGAUAUGGUUGGGAGUACUGGCGAUGGGUGCUCAUGGACAAAGCUCUACCAAGCAGUGGUGGAAACCGUGGAGUGGGAAGGCGACAAUCCUGCUGGCAUUGCCAUUGAAGGUCUGCUUACUUGUUCAUAGGAUGGAAUGAGCUCCAGGGCUAAUUGCUUGGUAGUGAGUUUUCUUAGGGAAGAUGUAUAGAAGGUGGAUACAUAAAUCAUAAUACUAUUAAUCUUCAUAAACUGUAGCUCUAGAAUAACAACUUUAUACAAUACAUAGUACUAGAUAACUAUUUAUCAGCAUCUUUGCCACAUUUUGGAAUGUUCGUACCAGUUUCUUAUGUCUCAAAGUUAAUGGAUGUCCUUAGCAGGUUUUGCCACAUCCUAAAUUAUGAAAAAUGAAGGUUGCC